AUGGUCAGAUACGCGAACGUCCUUGUCCUUGCAGCAGCUGCCGUAGCUGUUGCUUUUCCAAUCUCCGAUGUGCUCACUGAGAGAGCAACAACAUCAUUCCUGAACGUCGUCCCAUGGUACCGUGCCUAUAACCCAUCCAUUCAAGACCAUUUCUACACUCCCGAUCUCAGUGAAUGGAACAACGCUGUCCACAACCUUGGGUACGUUGCUGAAGGCAUUGCAUGUCGCAUCCAUUCUACUCAGGAGUGGGACACCGUUCCAUUCUACCGGAUGUACAAUCCGAGCAUAUACGAUCAUUUCUACACCACAUCCAAGCCAGAACGAGACAAUGCAAUCCAGAAGCUCGGAUAUCAUGAUGAAGGCAUCACGGGUUACAUCUAUCCAGAACCAAUCCCGUUUGCAGUCCCGCUCUACCGCCUUUACAGUCAGUCAGCUACCGAUCACUUCUACACAGUAUCUGGGGCUGAGAGAGACAACGCUGCUGCAAACUUGGGGUACACUGAAGAGGGUAUUGCUGGUUAUGUGAUUCCCCCACAGUAG